GGUCCGAGCCUCCUCGGCAUCAUGUUGAAUCUCAUUUUCUAUGGUAUACGGUGCACCCAAUUUCUCUUCUAUUAUACAACAUUUAAAAAGGAUAACAAGUUCAUCAAAACAAUCGUCUAUAUGCUCCUUGCUCUCGACACGAUUAGAGCUGUCUUUGACAUGGUUUACCUCUACGACUAUCUGAUCAUUCACUUUGAAGGCGAUGUGGAAUACUUAGCAAAGGCAAAUUGGGGUAUGUCUACCUACGAACUUAUGAUGAUAGUGAGCGCAAUUGGAACAGCUGUUGCAUGUAGAUUCGUUCCCGAGUUCCAGGAUUUUCAAAAAUUUGAGGAGGUAGUUGUUUUGUGGCUUGCUAGCGCUGUCAUUUGUGAUGUUAUUAUCACGGCCUCUUUGGUAUAUUACCUCAACAAGCAUAAGCAAGGUUUUAUUUGGAGUGACACGGUCAUCGACCGGAUCAUUGCCCUCACUGUACAGACUGGAAUGAUCACCGCUAUUUGGGCGACGGUCCACAUGAUUCUCUUCUUAAGUUCGACUGGUGGAAUUCAUUUGAUAUUUAAUUACAUGCUUGGCAGUCUCUAUUCAAACUGCCUCAUGUCAACGCUGAACGCAAGGGUAUACUUGAAGGAUAUGUCCGACUCCAAUGCGAAUUCAUGGAACGACCGCAGCACAGAAAGGUCACUGGUAAGUCAGCAUAAAAUAAUGUCUUAG